AUGGCAAACUUAGGCCGUUACCUAGAUAGAAACCCUGAUAUGCGGGCUGCGGGCUUGUCAUCGAUCAUGAACACGAAUGCGCUUAGGGAAAGCUUUUUGGUGGCUCACAUUGAGGAGGAGGCGGAGAAUCGUAUCAGACCCCUUUGCCGCCAACAUAGACCACAGCCUUGCAAACGAACACCAAAGAUACCAACUAAUAUGAUUGAGGAAAUUUUCAGCAAUCAGUCUAAGGGACUUUUCUCUGAGUUUCAGGAUAAUAUUCGCGAGAAUAUGUUCAUUAAGAAGCCCCUUGUGGGCCAGGCCAGAGAAGCCAACUCGAAACCGGACUAUGUUACCAAUAUGAGCCGUACCUUUGGUCAGAUCUGUGAUACCAGUCCUGAAGAUUCUCUAUACUGUCUUGUAUUGCCGCCGAAACCAGCUGAGCAAGUCAAUCGAGAGUUUGCCGAUUGCCAUGAUAUGCACAUAAUCAGUCAUAACCACUAUUUUCCUGCGGAACAGAUUAAUCGACGAUAUGCGAAAUCCUUUAACCGGUAUGAUACUUUUGGUGUACAUCUUGGAAUUGAUCCCUCGGGUAAAAGUGUCAAAGGUUGUUUGAAGGAGGGCGAUGAGCAUUUGACAAUAGUCAAAAAGCCCCAAAAGGAUCUAGAAGAUCGCACUAAAGGUCCUUUGGGCAAAAAGUUUACAUGGUAUCCCUACAAGAUCCCUGAGAACAUAACCUUUGGCCGGACGCUACCUCAUGAUAUCGACGUGAGGUCUCUGUUAGAAAACACCUCGCCUUCUUUAUAUUCCGAGAAAUUGGCAGGUGCUAUUAGUCAUUUAAACAUGCUGCGCAAGUUUCUGCAAGAGCGGGACGAUUUAAAUAUAAAUCAACUUAUAACUGCCUUUGGAAAGAAGGACAAAGAAGGUAAUCAUCAGCUUCCGCUGACCGAACUGAUUCAAGUGAUGCGAAGGAUGAGUAUCCCCGUAAAUAUGGAGAAAGUCCGUACAGCAAUUUCUCAUUUUAAGUUGUUCGUAGAUGAAGGAUGUUGUUCGGAGAAAGUUAAGUACGAGGACUGGUGUGAAUUACUCACCAUAGUGAAAACCCUGCCAAUAGUUGGAUCCAUUUCACCCACUCCGAAAGUGAUGUAUAAUAAGGAUACAGCCUAUCGACAGCUAUGUGCUGAUUUGUUAAAGAAAAUACCAGAGGGACCAAACUAUAGGCAUCACCAUAGGUCACUCAUCAAACAGGAUAUAUAUGAUACACGUGUCAAGGAUGUUAUAAGUCCAGAACUAUCCACAUUAUGUGGUCUUUGUCCAAGUGAUUUUAAGGUAUUACGUAACAAGGUUGAAAUAGAACGAAUAUUUAACGGCAUCAUUACGAAAAAGAACUUUGAAUCGGUCUGGCAGAGACUGAUGGAUGAGCAUAAAGAUCAGAAUGACAUGGCAUCCGUUGCCCAGUUCCGUACUAAGAUGAAAAAGAUCGAUUAG